AUGAGUUUUACGCCAGGCUUCCAAUCACAUGAGUCCUUGGAAAGCAUUGUACGGUCUGCUUAUACUCAAAUACAGACUCCCGAUCUUUCUCUCUAUUCCCAGAUACCGCUUCACAAAGUUUCUGGAUUGCCUUCUGCUGAAGAAACAAUCUGUUUAUUGUGUCAAAAAAGCAAAUCAAACACUGGGGAUGUUCCAGGGCUAUCCUCAACUCUAUACUCGUUUCAGCUUCGCUCUGUGUGUAAAAUGUACGAGAAAGAAUCCAUGACUCUGCGGCAAUGUGUGCCACAUUUUGUCGAAUUCACAUCUCCUACUGGCUCACGUUAUUUCUUUAAUACAUUGGAAAACACUUUCAACUCAAAUCCCGAGCUAUAUGUUGUACCAAAGGGUGGCAUCUUAGCUGAAAAUAUGGGUUUGGGAAAGACCUUAAUCUGCCUCGCCCUCAUAUGUUUGUCCAAACAUGAAAUCUCUAGUAUUCCUCAUGACAUUAUCCUUGAAGAACCUCCUAAAGGCACAGAUAUUGGAUCUUUUAAAAUGAAACCUUUGAAAACUUUGGCUGAGAUCGCGUUAUCAUCAAUUGCACAAAACUCUUUACCUUGGAAGUAUUUUGCCCAAGACCUACCUUCCGCCAUCGUUCAAAAACUAAAAAAACUGCCGGGGGUUUUUUUUGUCUCACGGGAACCAGUUCAAAGCAAUUUAGGUCUUCGUGUCAGAAAUGCAACUGCUCUCAAACCUUCUAUAUUGAAGCUUGUUUUGACAAGUUCUACUUUAGUGAUUGUGCCCGAAAAUCUUUUGCAUCAGUGGAAUGACGAGACAAAAAAGCAUGUCCGUGUCGAAUUUUUGCGUAAACUUUUUAUAUCAGAUAGAUUCAAAAAUCUGAUGCACUAUGAAAAUGGCGACUACAUGAGAGACCCACCCCAAGAUCCCAUUCUACUCGUUUCUUAUGAUGUCGUCGUCAUCUCAGCGCCUCUUUUUUCAAAAUUAUGUGCUGAUCCUAGCACGGUUUUUAUGAAAAUCUAUUGGAAGCGACUUAUCAUCGAUGAGGGUCACUCUAUGAGCUCUCGCUCGUCCAAUCUAAGUUUAAGUUGUAAGUUGAUACAUGCUGAACGACGUUGGGUUGUCACAGGAACACCCACUUCUGGCCUUACUAAUUUACAUGUGGAUGAGGGUGUGCCAGAAGCUGUUACAGAAAGCCCAAAAAAGAGACGAAAAUACACAGUGAAGGGAAAAUUCAACGUUCGUGAAGAUUUGAACAAGCUCGGAAAUUUGGUUUCCAAUUACUUCAAAAUCGAACCAUUCUAUUCUCAGCCCAGCCUCUGGGGCUCCUCUAUCACCAAAAAUCUUACAAAUUCAAAUCAGUUUACAGCAAAGAUCAGUUUGCAAACGUUAUUGAACUCGCUCAUGGUUCGUCAUACCCAGUUGCAAGUGGAAGCUGAUUUGGUCCUUCCACAACUACACCACGAAGCUGUAUCCUUGAAACCUUCUUACCAAAACAAAUUGGCUAUCAAUCUUUUCACAUCUGUUCUUGCUGUAAAUGCGGUUUCUUCGGAACGAGUUGGAGGAGACUACAUGUUUGACCCCAUGAAUCGGCAACAACUUCAAAAAUUGGUAAGCAACUUACAACUCUCGACAUUCUACUGGACCGGCUUUCAAAUUCUGGAUGUCAAGAGCUUAUUGAAUGUAGCGAACUCCUGCUUGGAAAAAUUGACUCCCAGCGGUGAAGCCUACUACAACCCGGAGGAUCGGCGUCUUCUUGUGUCUUCAAUUCAUGCUGUGAAAGAAGCACUUUGCAAUCCCCGGUGGAGGGCCGCCGCUUCGCUUCACGAAAUGCAGCUAUAUGUGACUAAUUUGCCAAAACCGUAUGUUGAUAAUUUCGCGAUUGGAUCUAUAAAUGACAUUGGCGUUUUUGGUGCUCCUCAAUUGCACGCAAUACAGAAGUUUUUUUACAAAAACCGAUUCAUAUCCUCAAAUGAUGAAUCUGUGCUAGCUUCAAGGUUGAGGGAAAGUUCGAAAGCAUUUUGGAAAGACUAUUGGGUGCGAUCUGAGAAAACGCAAAACAGGAAGUUUUCCAAACCGGAAGCUUUCCUGGAAUUCGAUGCACCCGAAGAAAAGAGAAAAAACGACGUGUUUGAAAAACAAAUAAUAUGUAAGCAAUCUGUUUCCACACGCGAAACUGAUAGUGUGGCACUGGCUUCACAUUCCACAUUCAAGAACAUCUUGGACAAACCCUACCAUUUGAAGGACCAAAUCAAUCCUAAACGAGCUCGAAUCCUUGGAACAGCUUCUUCGAAAUUGUCCUACUUAGCCAGCAAAUUAACUGGACAUCAAAAAGACGGGGUCAAGUCGAUAGUAUUUUUUGAGUACGAAGAUAGCGCCUAUUACCUUACUGAACUCUUGGACGUUUUGGGCAUCAAAUACAUAUUAUACGCUACAUUUGUCGAAGUGGAAAAAAGACCAAACAACUUGAAUGAUUUUGCUUCGCACAGCACUGAGACACAAGGAGGAAUUACUUUGAUUAUGGAUUUGAAGUUGGCCUCACAUAGCUUGACUGUGAUCGCAGCAACCAGGGUAUACUUCAUGAACCCUGUGUGGCAGAGAUCUGUUGAAGCUCAAGCCAUCAAAAGAGCACACCGGAUCGGACAAACAAAAGAGGUCUUCGUGGAAACUUUGGUUUUGCGUGGCACGCUUGAAGAGGAGAUAUACCGACGAAGGAUAGAUGAUGGUUAUGACUUAGAAGCCAGAGAUGUCAAAGGAGGUGAAACUUUUGAAAAGAAAUACGUCAUUGAUGAUACUGGUAUGCAAAACUUCGUAUUGAGGCACGAAUUUCUUUCCGUCGAUAAAGAGGUGCAGGAGCAUGCAGACUUUUCCGAAACUGUGGUUGGUGAAGAUUUGGCUGAUAACAGUCAAGACAAAUCCAUUCUGAAUGCUUCAAAUGCUCCACAAUUUUCACUUCCGUCACACUCUUCAGAUCUAUUAGCUGCAGAAGGACGAAUACAUCGUGCUUGGAACAUGCGUUUGUUCAGCGCAGACAACUUGCAAAAGUUCAACGAAUCUAGGCAAAGCAAGCCUAACUUGGAGCAGCUCAACGUGGAGUUUGUUGAAGGCAAACAUCAGCCGACGGACGUGCACAUAAAUGCUGGUUCAUCAAGAAAGCGUGUCAGGUUCUAG